AUGGAGACAUUCAAAGCUUCUCAAACGUACCCAAAGAGAGCAAGUGUAACAAAUGCUGAAUGGAGAACCAAACCGGUGUGUCCCAUUGCAACAGAGACUAAGAGAAGGGACGAGAAGAGAGUGGAGGGUAAUGUUGGGAGACCUAGGAGUUUAUGGACUCAAGAACGUCACAUGAAGUUUUUGUCUGCUCUCUCUAUUUUAGGUGACAAAGAUUCUCAUCCCAAAUCUAUUUUGAGUAUUAUGGAAGACCAAGAUCUAACUCAACGUCAAGUUGGUAGCCACCUCCAGAAAUACAAAUCUCAAGUUGAUCGACUAAAUCUUUCAUUGUCAAGGAAGGAAUGGAGAUCAACAAACACAACAUUUGAGUACCCGUCAGGCUAUGCAUAUCCUUUCAAUGCAUCCAACUUAGCCAAGAAUUUAUCAGCUUCUGAAACCAAUACAAACCUAAUGGCUUGGCUUUCUUCUGGUUCGAUGGUCCAAAAUGAUUUCAUUCACUCUGAAACCAAUGUGGCCAUCUCUCAAACCAAUAUAAACCAAACGGGUAAUACUUAUUUUGGAGAAAGUUCAAAUGUUCCUCAAGAUAUGGUUUCAAAUAAUACUGAUAGUAGCCAUAUGAGUUUGGUCCCUUGGGGACCAAGUUAUGGGAACUAUCCUGAAACUAACAUGCCCGUUCUUGAAACCACCAACAUAAACCAUAUGAGUUGGAUUUCUUCUGAAGAAAGUCAUGCUCUUCCUCUGAAUGUUGUUUCCUCCGAAGCUAAUACCACUCAAGCAAUUGUUCCAAUAACUUCUGGUGGUGCUCUGGAUGAUGAUCUCAUUGUUCCAAUUGAAGAUAUGAUUUCAUUUGACAGUGAGAUGGAUAUGCUGCCUUUGUUGGAAGAUUAUGGUUCUUCAGAGGUAAAUAUUAAUCCUUUGUUCACAAAUUUUUUGAGCAAUGAUCUUACCUUUAAUACUCAAAUGGACUCGAUCUUUAACACAAGUGUGGAGGGACACAAUCAGAACCAAAGAGAAGAGAGAGGAGAUAAUAUUGGUGAUGAUGUUAAUGAUGAGUCCAUGGAUUGGAUCAACCAUGUACUCAAUGAUGAUGUGUAA